ACCGCUGGCUUUUGUUUGGUUUGUUUUCGUUUCGUUUUUCUUUUCUUGUAUCGAAGCUUAAUUUGCGUUUAAUUAUGUAAAUUUAUUUACCUGAUUUGUUAGCACUGUGUUUGUGUGUUUCAUAACAGGUUUAGCCACCGCGACGCAGUUGUUUUUUGGCAAAAAACGUUCCUGCACCUGUUGCCCGAUUCGUUGGUGCGAAUUCGAUUUCAGUGCAAACCUGCGUUUGGCCUUUUUUAUGCCCUGUAGUUGUAAUCGCUGGCAAACUAAUUGCGUCGAAGUUGGAUUCGAUCGGUGAAGCAGUGCGAAAAUGGGCAACACCAGUUCAAAGGGGGAGUCGGACGCCAGCGAGCCGCCCCUGGAGGGGGGGAAGCACAAGGCCAAGCUACAGGUCCAGAACCAGCACAAAGGCAGCACAAACUCUGCUUCAAGUGGCGGCAGCUCUGACGUAGGCGGCAGCAAUAACAGCCUAAUGGUGCAGCAGGCGCAAGGCUCGAUGACCAGGUCCGCCUCCGGGGCAGAUGUUACCGAGAAAUUCCUUACCCAGUUGGUGCCAGUGGAGAAGCUGGCCGAAAUUCUCAGAGAGCAGUCGUCGGCCAAGUUCGGCGUUAAUGGUAUAGUGUCAGACGUCUUUGUGUCACAAGUCUUUCCGCAGUACGCGGAUUUGGGCCAACGGCUGUACAGGUUGAUGCAUUCGAAUUCCAAGGCCACCACCAAGCAUCUGGGCGCCGUGGCCUUUCGACAGCAAUGUGAGCGCUUUCUAGGCAUCAUGGACGAUGCAAAGACGUUGGAGUGCUACAUAAAGAUGUAUUCGCAAGACGACAAUCCAGACUUUAUCGACAAAACGGGCGUGACUCGUCUGCUACACAUAUGCUAUACCAUUGCCAUGCAGCACUCGGGCAACGCUGUUCUGUGCCCCGCCAUCAACCGCACCUUUGGCUCCGUAACGAAGUCGAUUUUUCUUUGCCACGACAGCCUCAGUCUGGGCUACGUGUGUCGCUGGUUUGAGCAGAACCUCAUCCGCCUCGUGCUGCUAGUACACAAGUACUGCGUUCAUACAUUGUCCACCGCCUAUCGCGGUCUGGAACAACAGACGCAGUCAUGCGGCAUCGAGCUGCAGACCCCGGUGCUUGAGCAGCGCAAUCCGUUCACGGACACUACGGACCACAGCGGAGGUGCAGGUUUUUUGGACUCCCUGAUGCCACUCUCACAGGCAUGGCUCUUGGCGGGAGCUCUGCCGCCACUCUACUCCAAACCACAGACUUUAGCACCAUCGCCCGCAAGCAAGAGCAACAACAAUAGCACUGCAUCGUCAGUCGUGCAAAUCUUUAAAGAGAAGCUGUCUAUGAUUCCGUCGCACUGGACGCUACUUUACGAUUCCAACGAGCACGGAGUAGGUGCCAAUCGUUUUCUGCAUCACGUUCUGGGCUACCGGGGACCCACACUUGUACUGCUGCACACCAAGGACGAGCAGACGUACUGCAUUGCUGCACCCAGUGAAUGGAAGGAGACGCACCUGUUUGUGGGCGGGGAGGGAAGCUGCGUCAUUCAGCUGCUGCCUAAGUUUGUGAUACUGGAGAAGAAGCCCAAUAUUCUAUAUCUGAACACGAGCAUACGCGGCUACCCGAAGGGAUUGCGUGCCGGCGCGGAUCCCCGCAAGCCCAUCAUAGCGGUCGAUGAGCACUUUGAGAACGUUGACUGCAAGGGUCUAGCAGCAGGACUAAUGUCAAUAGAGGUCUGGGGCUGCGGCGACAAGACAUCACGCGAAGUGCAAUUGGACAUCAAGAAGUGGCAGAUCAAGGAGGCCGAACGACAACGAACGGUGAAGCUCACGGCCGCCGACUGGAUGGACCAUCCGGAUCGAUAUCUACUCGAGCUGGGUGGCAGGCAGAACUACAACAACUGAUCGGAGCAGUAGCUGCGUGUAUAUAUAUAUAGCAUAUAUAGCAUAUAAAAAGCAAUCGGUGUGCCUUCCAUUUUGGGGGCAUUACGCGUCGAAAUUUUACUGGGAUUCGUUACAAUUAUGCACACGCAGCACGAGAAGCAAUCACUGGACUGAAUUUGUUUUUAAUUGAUGUUGAUUGAUAUUUGGUUUACUUGUUUUUUUCUAUUAUCAGCGUUUAGUAUUCAAUUUGAUUUAUGUUCGUAACGUGAAUUCCGUGUAUAUGCCUUUAAAUGUACUUCGUUUUUGUGUCUGUUUUCACUGCAGACCUCUGUCAUCGUGUCCGACAAUUAUAAUUUAAUGUUUGUUUCGUUUUGUAUCUUCGUUUAAACAUAAAAUAAAAGUAUUAUGAAAAGACAUGGAAGUGCUAAACAAAUGAUUCAAUAAAUGUUAAUUAUAAAAAAUACUAAA